UCUAUACUAACAGACUCAGACUAGUAAAGAGCUAAAGAAAUGGCAUGGACGUUAAUCUUACGCAAUUGUAAAUUGCAAACCCAUUUACUUUACAUUGAAUGAGAAAGUUCUGGAAGCAAAAAAGCCACCCUCUUUCUCCAUUUCUGCAGCUCUAUAAUUGGCUUUUUCCUUCUUUUUUCCCUUUCUGAUUUCGCAUCAAUUGCCUGCUUCUAAUUUUGAAUCUCCAGAUUUGCUUCUGAUUUGGGUGUUGGGUAUGCUGCUUCUCCAUCUCUCGGCUUAUUUCGCCUUUUUUUUUCUUCUUUUCUUUUAGAGAAUAGUUAAGCGAGGAUCCGGUGAUGAAUCAGGUGAUUGAUUAUUCGGUUUGUGAAUUUGAUGGCAUCGAAAAGGAUCCUCAAAGAGCUCAAGGAUUUACAGAAGGACCCUCCAACCUCUUGCAGUGCUGGCCCUGUAGCUGAAGACAUGUUUCAUUGGCAAGCAACGAUUAUGGGGCCCGCUGAUAGCCCAUACGUCGGAGGAGUCUUUCUAGUCUCCAUACAUUUCCCACCUGAUUACCCAUUUAAGCCGCCUAAGGUUGCAUUUAGGACCAAAGUGUUCCACCCAAAUAUUAAUAGCAAUGGAAGCAUAUGCUUAGAUAUUCUUAAAGAACAAUGGAGCCCUGCACUUACCAUUUCGAAGGUGCAGUUAUCUAUUUGUUCCCUGUUAACAGAUCCAAACCCAGAUGAUCCUCUUGUUCCUGAAAUUGCUCAUAUGUACAAGACUGACAGGACUAAGUAUGAGGCAACUGCUUGUAGCUGGACUCAGAAGUAUGCAAUGGGUUGAUGGUAAUAAAUACCCCGUGGCAAUGCCCAAAAAAUGAAAAGGGAUUUUCUAGUUCAAAUGUCAUUUAGGUGAAGGAAAAUUACCAUGCGAGAAUCUUAUGUUGUAUAUAUUACCAUAGGACAAUGUUUUCUAAGUAAGAAUGCUGGUUUUCUAAAUUAUGUUUAUGUAGAAUGUAGCUGGUUUUCGAAAUUA